AUGGCGACUGCGUUGCACUGUCCUUCGAGACCCAUAACGGUGGACGAGAUCACUUCUCGGCUAGGCGAUUCCGCAUGCGACGAGAAAGAAAAGUCGGCGCUGCGUGCUUUGAUCUCGCAAAUGGUCGGCCGAUUUCGUGACAAGAGCCGUCCCAGUUACUAUGUUGAAGCGUCACGUCUGUCACGAGCCACGACUCAGAGUCAAUACCACCACUUGGCACAAGUCUUCUCGCGGUCGAUCGUGGACAACGCCGAAAAGGGUAACGCACUUGACGGGGAGCUUCUCCCUAGCUUCGUCUUCCUCCUUCGCAAUAAUUCGGAAGGUUACUCGCGCGAUGGGCUUUGUGCGGCAGUCAAUGCAUUGCGUGAGAGGCUAGACUACAAAAUCCGCGAGAAUGCAUUAGAAGCUCAAUACCUUCUGUGCUAUACGCUCGGCGUCUUGCUCGACGUCGCGGUAGAUAUCAAAGCGUCAGAGAUUGACAAGGACACCCUACGAGACCCACUUCUCAAGCUACUUGCGGAUUUGAAGCGUCAUGAUGAGCCACGCGUGGCUCAAGCGGCAGCCUACGCGUACGAAGCGCUUAAAGGUAUUUCGGACAAUCAAAGUCCCUGGGAUAUCUUCUGGAGCAACAGCGGAAGGGUCAUUGCAGUGGCUGCGAAAACUGCCGGGGCUGUCUCAACCUUGAAUCCAGACAAGCUACUGGACACGGGGCCAGACUUGUUGGAACUUUUGGAAUUCUUGAAAAAAGUCUAUGACGGGGGCAUAGAACUAUUUGAAGCUAGAAAGGAGAUGGAUGAAGUGUUUGUUGAGAACAUCCGAAGACUUCCGCAUCAAAGGCUCUGGUAUGGCAUACUUCGGUAUACUAGUAUGCUUAUUUUCGCUGGCGGCAUAUCAUUUGACACCCUUGAACACAUAUUACCUAAGGUCCCGUGUGGGGAUAGCUGGCAGUUCUGGUGCGGAUUGUAUGCCCAACUUGAACAAGGCUUCUUGUUGGGAGGUCAACAGGAAAAGGAUCGGAUCGUCCAGGUUGUCAACGCAACAUUCGACUCAAAAUCCUUGCAGGAAACAAAAGCAAAGAACUCGCGUGUUCGGCAGUGGAUCUACCUGAUUUCAGAGACAUUUGAUCAGAAAGGAUGGAAAAAACACUGCUUGCCAAGAGCCCGGAAAUCCUUUCGGUUAUCCUUUCUAAAGGAAACAUGGUGCGAACCGCAAGUGAGGAAACCUUUCGACCCGAGUACGACAGCAGCCAUCGGUGGUAGUUUGUUGGAAGAUGCGUGGCACGAGUGCAAGGAGGCGCAAAGGUUCUAUGCCGAUGCCGCGUUGAUGGAAUAUUAUUUGCAACAGAACCGGCUUAAGAUACUACGUCUCUCAAACGACACUCUAGACAUCGAAAAUUGCUACAUUAACCUAGGAAUUGUCGUACCUUCCCUAAACCGACAAAACCAGGAAGUCUUCGAACUAUCCCUCCAGAGGCGUCUAAGGGUUGAAGCACCGGGCGAGGGGAAAGCACUCGAAUUACAAGAACUUUUUGAUGUCCGCAAGCUAAGAAGCCAUGUUGGUUCUCCCGCCAACAAGUCAGGAGCUCCGAGACGUAUUCUUAUUAGAGGUCGUGCUGGAGUGGGAAAGACAACCUUGUGCAAAAAGAUCGUUCACGACUUCAUCAAUGCCAACUUUCCCCGGUGGAAGUUUGAACGCGUGCUUUGGAUACCCUUGCGGAAGCUAAAAGACAAGCCUACUCUAGAUCAGUUUCUUUGCCAUGAGGUUUGGUCGAAUCAUCGCGAGAAAGUCCAUUUCAUCUCUGCUCUUCUGGAAACAAUAUAUUAUCAAACAGACAACAAGACUCUUCUGUUGCUGGACGGCUUCGAUGAGAUCGUUGGCGCGAAGACUCCCAGUGGAGACCUUGUCAAGUGUCAACCGAUGUUGGGUCUUCUCAACUACCCGAAUGUCAUCAUUACGUCCAGGCCGCAUGCAGGAUUUGAUAAAUCGAUUCAGGACUUUGAUCUCGAGCUUGAGACGACUGGCUUUCGCUCCGAGCAGAUAGAAGCAUACGUCGACCAGAUUGUGGGCUGCAUUGGCAAGGAUGAAAAAUCUGCAAGGGAGAUCAAGCAUUUCAUCAACAGCCACUGGUUGAUGAAAAGUCUUCUUCAGAUUCCGAUUCAACUAGAUGCGUUAUGCUUUGCUUGGAACGAGAGGCUUCUCUCGCAAAACAUCAGAACCAUGACUGCCUUAUACAAGGCCAUCGAAGUCAGACUAUGGAAAAAAGACAUGGUUCUCUUGGGAAAGCUGAGCGAGACGGACAUCGUGGAAACUGCCGUUCCAUUCCUGGAUGACGGGAACUCUUGGAAUGUUAGGCUUGCGGCAGCUGAAGUCAUCGGCCGUCAAAAGCUUCCUGAGUCUCGAGUGCGCUCUUUCGUGUCUAUGCUCGAACAUGCAGAGUCGGAGAAACGAGAUCUUGUGCUUCAUAUUCUCGGGGUAUAUUCCAAACACUCCAAAUUCCCAGAUGGAGUUUUCGAAGCCUUGCCCGAGAUCUGUAGCCACACUGAUGAUAUUAGAAUUGUCCUCGUGCAAGGCAUGCUUCAAAACGAUCAUAACCUGAGUGACGACAUUCUGAAAUCUUUGGUCUCUUUCCUGGGUCAUUCGGAUCAGAAGCUUCAACGGCUAGCGUGUAAGGUAUUUGUCGCACAGUCCCGGCUGCCAAAGUUCGCCACGGUCGCCAUCUCGGCUCUGUUGCCCGACCCGGAUUUGAAACACGAAGACACGACGACCCUUGCGCUGAAGGCCCUGUGUAAGGACCCGGAACUGCCGGAAGAUAUUCUCGAGGUCGUGAGUCAGAUCGUGAGUCAGACUUCCAAGUCUUGGCGAGGUUUCGCGAAAGUGCGUAGCGCUGUUAAUUGUCUUAGAGCACAAAGGCAUCUUACCCCAGGGCUCGUGCAAGCCGUGAUAUCCGUUCUCACACGGUCCACGGCAUCUCAUGUGGAGAGUGUGAUUCGGGCGCAUGAUGAAUUCAGCGCGGUGCUGCCGAAUCUCGAUUGCGAGCGUUGGGAGAUGCUGUUCGAUAUUUGGAUGAAGGAAAGCCUGUACUCCGACAUUUCUUGUGUUCUUCAUGGAGAGGAACUUCAGCUUACCACUCCUGAGCGUGCUUUCAGCGUCCAUUUGUCAACCCCUCUACAGCGGGAGACUGUCAUGAACGCAGCGAAGGCUGCUCGAGCUCGGGUACUGAGUGGGUCGGUUCGGCAGGCGAGCAAAUUCCAAGCGGCCUAG